AUGACGGAAUCCUUCAACCUCUCUUGGCCGAAUCGAAAGAUUCACGCCGGUGUAAUUCUUCUAAACUCUGUAACGGAGAUUCUAGAUGUUGCGCCUUUUCAUCUGAUGGGUACUAUGUCGAAGCAUUUGAAGGAUAUGCCUGACAGCGUCUACGCACCGGAUCUUAAAGAGCAAGCGCUGGACAUUGAGUGUCACUGGGUGAACGAGAGUGGCGAGCCGGCGCAGCUGGCAUCGGGCAUGCGUGUUCUUCCAACUGAUACCUUUGCCUCCUGCCCACCCCUGGACAUCGUGCUCAUGGGCGCCAAUAACAUGGACUACCAACCAUCGAUCUCAGAACUAGCGUUCAUUCGCAAGGCUUUCGAGGAUUCUUCAGCAUUCAUAGCCGUAUGCGGUGCCUUUCGCUCGCUUCUACUAUCCGGCUUGCUCGAAGGCAAAACCGCAACAGCACCACGUGGUAUGCUGAAAGUCUCCGCCGCGCAUCGUCUGAGACAAAUUGGGUGGAGAAACGAUGGUGUCGUGAUGGUAAGCUUUGGACCACGGGACAGCUUGUGA